GUGAAGAUAAUCUUACUGUAUACUGAAACCAUACCUUAGUAUCUUUAACGUUUUCUUUCCCCUUUGGUUGAUCUUUUAUGAGAUGAGUUGCUCUCGGUGCACAACAGAAAAUUUCUAAUAAGUUUCCAGAAGGAAAAUCUCACUUCUCCCACCCUUUUUUUAGUUCUUCCGAAUUAAUUUGCGGGACGUGUCUUCACAAAGUGCAUUAAAUUCUUACGAAUAAGAACUAAACGCAAACGAGUUGAGUUGCAAGUAAGAAGGACCAGUUCGAGGUGUGAUCUCAUGCAUUUCUCGGUAAUCACAAUAAUACCACAGGAUUCACUUGGAACUGGCAACGAACAAGUAUAAUUACGCCACUGUCUGAGUUUUCGACUUCAUAGACUUACCUCAACAUCUUUAUAGAAGAAGAAGAAGAAGAAGAAGAAGAAGAAGAAGAAGAAGAAGAAGAACUAAACCCGAUCAUAAACUGGCAAGAUCAAGGAAGAAAAGAAGAAAGUCAACAUAUUGCUAUGUCAGGCAACGAAAGGUUCUCGUUCCACCAGGCAGAAGAAAUCAAUGGUUACUGUCAGGUAACGCGGAAUUUAAAGAGAAGACGUGUCCAAGGCGCCCCUUAUGUGCUGUGCUUGUUCGCUACGGGCGUGCUCCUCAUGGGCGUCGGGACGUUCAUCACCACCCACGCCUUGGAAAAGCACGAGUCGGACGCCCACAUCCUUAUCAUAAUUGGACCCAUACUUUUGGGAGCGGGAGGCAUCUUCCUGCUGUGCUCUGUGAUCUUCUGCAUCGUCGCCUGCUACAAGAACUCGCACCUUCAGGACGAAUUCUCCGACGACCUCUUCAGCAUAGGGGGCUCCACCUUCUACGGGGGCCGGGGCUUCGCCUACCUGGUGAACGAGGACCCCGCCGAACCUCCGAACCACAUGCCUCGCCUGGCCAGCGAGGGGAUCCUCAAUCUGGCCGGGCCGGCGACAUCCUGCAACCGCGAAGAUGAGGCUGUGAUCCUAUUGGCGAACACGGUCGCCGAGGAGCGCAACAGGCAGCGGAAACUGUCCCAGAAACUCCUGAGCAGCUCUUCCCUGGCGAGCGCCGCCGUUAGCACCUGUCCCUGUGGCACCGUUCCUUGCAAUCAUCUGCAACAAUUUCCGGAGCAGAACGCGAUGGUCACCGUCCCGAGGGUGUUCAGCGUCAAAGGUCGCCUCGAUCACCUAGGGCUGGAGAGGCUCCACAGGGUGGAUCCGUACCCAGAGCUUGCCAGGGAUUUCGACCUCGGGGAAGGGUCUCUUCAGAGUGUUCGCGAUAGGAGCGCCAGCGUGUACAACCGUCAAUUCUCCGCGUACACCCCAGACUCCGCUCCGCACAGACUCAGGAGAAACGUCACUUACACGGCCUCGUCCCGAGCGAGAAUCGCGACGAAGUUACAGCAGGACGCCUGGAAACAAAAGCAACAGGACCACCAACAGCAACAGCAGGAUCCAACGGCCAGUCCCCAGUGGAGGAGGUUCGGUUCACUUCAGAGGAAGCCAAGAGAGAGGAAAGAUUCGGGAGCCCAAGAAAGCAUCAAAAUUCAUCAGCUUCCAAAAUAUGACCCACAUCUCCUGAGCGCCCUGGGCAUCACACCCGCAUCGAGAGACCCUCAAGACGCGGACUACAACGGCGAUCCCGCCCUCCAGCCUGGACUCGUUCCAAAACAAGGCAGUCAGUCACCACAGAUGUCCUCGUCUGGAAGCAGGUCCGGAAGCCUCCGCCGGCCGCCACACCGCCAGCCAUCUAUGGGCGUGAAAGGCCUGAAGGCGCAACAGGCCGGUGGUGGCUCAGCAAACCGACGCCACAAGACGUCCGUCUACGCAUCUGACAUGAGUCUCUACCGCAGCGGCAGCGAAGGGAUGAUGACGCAACACGAGACUAUUCCAGAGGACGCCUACCUGCAUCAGCAAGAGAGAUUUGCGUCGCGGGCAGACCGUCCUAUUCACAUGUCAUCUUCGUAUACCCAAGGUUCUACCUCUGAAGGCGACAGCAACACUCCGAUGAAAACAUCGAGGAACUGGUCUCUGUCCUCCUCUCCAUCGCCCCCGGAGUCACCAAAGCGCCCUUUGAAAAGAGCCGAGAGUCACAACAGUUCGCAGCCGAAAUCGUCCGUGUCAUCGAACUGCAGUUGCAGGUCUGAAAGGUGUUCGGACAACUCUUGUUCAGACUGCGAAGCAAGAGAGAAAUCCAAACGGUGCGAGGAAGAGGAGGAGCAAAACACUAAGUGAACUUAGUUCCGGAGACAUUCGACGACCUCCCAGCCUCCCUGUGAGCGUCGCGGUAAAUGUCUCUGACUUUUGACGGAAACUUACACAAACUUCGGGUCUGACGUUUGUAAAUUGUUUUAUAUCAUACACUUAUAAAAGGGAAUGACUCUUAGGAGAUUUUAUAGUGGAGAUUAAUGUGUAGUAUAUCAUUUGAUAUAUAUAUUAUCUGGUUUGAAGCUGAUGGCGAAAUUUUUGUGUACAUACUGUAUGUGUCUACCAGUGUGGAAAAUGAGGUAAAAAAAUAGUCAGACUUAAAAUGUCGGAGAGCGGAAGUGGUAAUCUAAUGCAAUAUUG